GUGAUCUAGUUGGUGAUCUAGUUUGUGACUGUCUUGUGUUCAAGGCGAUCUACGUUGUGACUGUCCUGUGUGAUCUAGUUGUGACUGUCCUGUGUCAGGGUGAUCUAGUUGUGACUGUCCUGUGUUCAGAAUUCAUCGAGGGAGUCUCACAGUUCAGUGUCAAGGGGGACAAGGAGUCAAAGCUUCGGUUCGCCUUCCGGAUCUACGACAUGGACAAGGAUGGCUACAUCUCCAACGGGGAGCUCUUCCAGGUGCUGAAGAUGAUGGUAGGAAACAACCUGAAGGACACACAGCUCCAGCAGAUCGUGGACAAGACCAUCAUCAACGCAGACAAGGACGGAGACGGCAGAAUAUCCUUCGAAGAGUUCUGCUUAGUGGUGGGGGGCCUUGACAUACACAAAAAGAUGGUGGUGGACGUGUGAGCCCGUCCCUCCGCUCCUCUCCCCCCCUCGCUUUCUUCUCCGUCUGUCUCUGAAGAUCUGCUCAAGACAUCUGACAAACGCUCUCUGUGUAUUUCAAUGGAAGUAUUCUCUCUCUCCUUGAAGCCACUUUUUUUCUUAAGAAACCACGGGCCUCGUGAAGCCAACUUUUAAGUGUUAUUGAACUCCGAUCCUCUCAAUAACCCGAAGAAAGACAGAUAUUCUUGUUUGUAAAGAGCAUCACAGUUCAAUGGAGGAGGGAGGGGAGAAAGGUUUGCUUGUUUAUAUUUAGUAAAAAAAAAAAAAAAACUUUAUCUUUUUUUAUAUUUAUUUUCGUUCUGGUCUCUCUUCUUCUUUUUUUUAAUACACAUGUAUAUCUAUAAUGGCUCUCUCGUGGUUAAAUGUGUCGUUAUCUGAGGUGUUACAUUAAAUAAAAUAUUUGAUUUCAGUUCCAAUUGAAAAAAGUAGGGUGUGAAGUGCCAACCAGGACAUAUCCAGAAACCAGAUGAUAUUGUUAUUAUGAACUAUCCACCGUCGCUGUCAGUGAUGGAUGACUAGCGUGACGUCAAGCGCUCCGCUACAGCGUCACACGAUGUUAUGAUGCACAUUUAAUUUUCACAAAUAAACAGCCAUUUCUUGUGUUCCAUUUCCAUCCUCUUGAGCAAGUUGUGAUGAAACAUACAAUAUAAUGUUAUUGUAACAUGAGUGAUAGAGUGUUUUAUUUAUAGUUACUUAUAUUGUUGGAAAUUAUUAUUCUGUUUCUUGUCAGACUUUCUGGGGGGGAAAACAACUAAAUGUCAAGUAGAGAUAGAUGCCAAGAAAGUGGAUUUGUCAUUUAUUGACUUUGAUGACAUGUUUUUACGUUGAACAGUCUGUAUCGGUCCACAUAACAGUCCCCCAAUGCAAAGUAACAGGUAGCCUGGCAGUUAGAGGUUAGCCAGCAACCAGGGGGGUUGCCCGUUAUGAAUUCCGAGGUCUGAUGGGGAAAAAUCAGGUGGGAAGUGAGCAGGCAACGAGAUGGUUGUUGGUGUCAAAUCCUAGAUGCCAUUGCCUGCCGUUGUGACCUUGAGCAAGGCACUUCAACUGCUCCACGGGCCCUGCUCCAACCUGUGUGUGUGUCUUUCGUUUAUUGGGGGGAAUAGUCACGUUUCAGUUGCACCUUGAAUAAAGUGGCCUAGAGCGCAUUACUCAA